UUCACGUUUUGAGCUACCAAAACUCGUUGAAAAUGCAUUCAUCAAAAUGGUAGAAUCGUUGCAAAUGUUCUUAUUUCUUUUCAAAUCAAAGUACAGACGAAAAUGGUCGUGGUUCUCGCCGUUUCUGUGUUCAGUUUUAAUAGUGUUAUUGUUUUGUGACGGUGCCCACAGUAAGUGUAAUGAAGAGAAUUGUAUAAACGGUGUUUGUAAUAAUGAGACUUGUGUAUGUUUUGAGGGCUGGCAAGGUCCAGAGUGCCAGUACUGUGCCGGGAAAGUCAAGCUGACAUCCCCGACAGGGAUCAUCACAGAUGGUCCAGGUAACUACAGCAUAAGCACUCAAUGCUCCUGGCUUGUGUCUCCUCCGUGGCUCGGGCCUGCGCCCCCGGCGCUCCGCGUGCGGCUCGAGAGCUUCGCUACUGAAUGCGGAUGGGACCAUCUAUACGUGUAUGACGGUGAUAGUGUACGAGCUGAGAGGCUACUCGCUGUUUUUAGUGGCGUCCUCGAGAACGGCGAGUCGAGCUGGACUCGGCAAGUGAUAGCGCGAUCAGGCAGUGCGUUACUCCAUUUCUUCUCCGAUGACGCAUAUGCCAUGGAGGGAUUCAAUCUUACUUACGCAGCGUAUUCCUGCCCUUCCGAUGACCAUCGCACCAAUUGUUCUAAUCAUGGUGAAUGUGACGAUGGAACUUGCAGGUGUGAACCAUAUUGGACAGGAGUCGCCUGCGACCAACCCCUUUGUCCAGACGAUUGCAACGCAGCGUACGGAGCAGGGUCUUGUACGUCACGAGGAUGUGAGUGCACUCCAUCACGGACGGGCGCCGAUUGUGGGCGCGACACGGCAGUCGCGGGGUGGGGGUGGGCGUGGCGGGAAGCGGGGGAGGACGCGGGAGUGGACAGGCAGGACGACACGCAGCCACCUGCCGUUGCCGGGCAUAUACUGUUGGUGUACGGCGAAGACUUGUUAAGAGUUGGCGGGGAGACGUUUUCCGAUAGUGAAUUUUUAUACAGAUACCAGACUACCCAGAAACGCUGGCAGACUGUGGAGACAGCGGGCGAGCAACCGGCGGCGCGAUUCGCGCACUCGGCCGUGCUGUUCGGGCACGAGCUCAUCCUGUACGGGGGCGUCGUGGCCUCCGACAACCCGGAACGCGGGGGUGGUCUAGCGGGCUUAGAAGGCAGAGCAGGCGAAGUGACGAAUGAAGUGUGGCGAAUCAAGCUUGACUCGAGUCGUCAGUGGGUCAAUGCCACACCGACCGCCUGUUCGCCACACAGAUCAGCCCCUUUGAAGCACUGUGGGGGCCUCCACAUAUCGGGUCACACGGCGGUACUCGUGUAUCUCGGCGUGACACGCAAGCCUGUCAUGCUCGUCUUCUUCGGACAUUCCCCUCAUUACGGAUACCUACACAUCGUACAGGAGUACUACAUCGAAGAGAACACAUGGUCAGCAGUGGCGACACGGGGCUGGCCGGCGCGCGCUGGUUUCGGCCACUCCGCUGCUUGGGACGACCUCAGUCGCCGCGUUUACGUGCAUGGUGGACUCGUCUCCGAAUCUGAAGCCACACAGGCUCCAUCAGCAGCUCUGUACGAAUACGAUGUGGAUAAAAAAAUUUGGCGGCCCCUACCGUCGGCGCCUACGCCUCGAUAUCUACACACAGCAGUUUUCGUUUCCCCAGGUAUAAUGUUGGUGUUUGGUGGCAACGCCCAUAACGACAGUGCGGCGGCCGCCAUCACCAACCCCGCUGGGUCGAGGUGCUAUUCCAGCGGAGCAAUGCUCUACGAUGUUAGGUGUUCGCUAUGGCGAUCGACGACUACACCUCCAGGCGCGGCGAGAGCUGCGCACGCGGCUGCGUUGUUGCCGCGAAGAACGAGACGCACUGCCGUCAUUUAUGGCGGUUUCGACGGGCGCCUCCGCUCGGACGCUCUGACCUUCGAGACCGGCGACAAGUGCUCGUCCCACAAAACCGAAGCGUCGUGUCUCGGCAGCGCGCAGUUCGCGGCUGUCGCUUGCGCGUGGCGAUCGCACGAACGCGUUUGUGCGCCGAUCGAAGAAGUCGGCUGGAAAGAGUCAUUUGAUGGGACUGUAAAAGCUUGUACUAAUGAACCAGUGUUUGACGAGAGCCGCUGCGUGCUGGCCGGGUCGUGUGGCGCAUGCGCGGCGGCGGGCUGCGCGUGGUGCGGCGCCUGCCUCUCCGCGCCGCAGUACUGCGUCAAGCACACGCACCAGAUGGCGCUGUCCAUCGACGAAUGCAGCACCAACGACGAGUCGCCCCGCGAAGCGUGCGGCCGGUACCACUCCUGCGCAGCCUGUCACGCACACCAACAUCAUCAUACUAUGCAUGGUAAUGAAGAACCCAGUCAAAAGGCGUGUUAUUGGGAUUACGACACAAUAAAAUGUCGGCCAGUCAAUUCAUCUGAUGACAUAAGGAGCGUGACGUCAGCGGGCCCGUGCAGUGCUCCAUGUUCGACGUUCCAGACAUGCGCCAACUGUACCAAUGAGGAAUGCAUAUGGUGCGCCUCGGCUGGUCGAUGCGUGGACAAGAAUGCAUAUGGCGCGUCGUUUCCUCUAGGCGGUUGUCGAGCCUGGUCCACAAGUGGGGGGUCUUCGACUUGCGGAGCAGCUGGAUCCACCAGCGCGGGAUGUGGGGCCCACGUGUCUUGUUCCUCAUGUAGAAGUGAGCCGGCGUGUGGGUGGUGUGAUGAUGGGAGCGGGGGUGGGCGAGGGACUUGCUUGGCGGGGGGUGCGAGGAGGCCGCAUCAGCAGCAUUUAUGUGUUCCGCAUAGAUGGCACUUCACGAAGUGCCCCGCAUGCCAGUGCAACGGGCACUCGUACUGCGACGCGCAGGCGCGCUGCAUGCAGCCGUGCGCGGGCCGCACCGUGGGCGACCACUGCGAGGCCUGCGCGCCCGGCCACUGGGGCAACCCGCUCAACGGGGGCGUUUGUACACCAUGCGAAUGCAAUUCACAAGCAGUGGCGUGUGCUCCGGACACGGGCAGGUGCUUUUGCAGCACCAAGGGCCUCGCUGGGGACCGAUGUGACAAGUGUGAUAACACAAAUCAUUACCACGCCGAUGUGUACAACAAAGGCGCUUGCUAUUAUGACCUAGCAGUAGACUACCAAUUCACGUUUAACCUGUCAAAAAAAGAAGACCGACACUUAUCCGCAAUCAAUUUCCGCAACGCGCCCGUGAAGCCGGACGUAGACGCGGACUUCAGCAUCACGUGCUCGUCUCACGCGCGGAUGAACCUCACCGUGCGAACGAAAGGAGAUCCGACUGAACGGACUCUGUUCAGCGAUGUGAAUUGCACUAAUUUUCGAUACAAGUUCGCGAAAUCGGAGCACUCGUUCGGCGUCGAAGACAACGUAACGCUGACCACGUUCUUCGUCUACGUUUACGACUUCAAACCGCCACUAUGGAUACAGAUUUCGUUCUCGCAGUACCCGAAAUUGAAUUUACAACAAUUCUUCAUUACGUUCUCGAGCUGUUUUCUGUUGCUAUUAUUGGUAGCUGCUGCAUUGUGGAAAAUUAAACAGAAAUAUGACAUGUACAGAAGAAGACAGCGGUUAUUCGUAGAGAUGGAGCAAAUGGCAUCACGGCCGUUCAGCCAAGUGUGUGUCGAGCUCGAGAAGGGAGUGGGGGGCACGGGCGUGCCGGCGCCAGUGGCGCUGGAGCCGUGCCGCGGCGGGCGCGCGGCCGUGCUGUCGCUGCUGGUGCGCCUGCCCACGGGAGGCACGGGGCGGGCGCCGCCACUGGGCGGGCUGGCCGUGGCCUCGGCGCUCGUCACGCUGGGCCACCACGCGCCGCCGCAGCACCACAACCCGCCCACCAAGCGGCCUCGGCAUCACUGACUGCAG